UUUCUGAAACCCUAGCUCUUCUGCCUCACACGCACUAGUCAUUUGUCUUCGACGACCGACUGCUCUCAGAUCCCGGAAAAAUGCCGUUCAAGAGGUACGUGGAGAUUGGACGGGUGGCUCUGGUCAACUACGGGCCGGACUACGGUAGGCUCGUCGUGAUUGUCGAUGUCAUCGACCAGAAUCGGGCUCUGGUUGAUGCACCUGAUAUGGUGAGGACUCAGAUGAACUUCAAGAGGCUAUCGCUUACUGAUAUCAAGAUUGAGAUCCCCAGGGUUCCGAAGAAGAAGACUCUGAUUGCUGCCAUGGAGGCUGGUGAUGUUAAGAACAAAUGGGAACAGAGUUCAUGGGGAAGGAAGCUGAUAGUGCAGAAGAGAAGAGCGUCACUUAAUGAUUUCGAUAGGUUCAAGCUCAUGUUAGCCAAGAUCAAGAAAGCUGGAAUCGUCAGGCAGGAGCUAACAAAGCUGAAGAAAUCAAGUGCAGUCUGAAACUGUUUUAAGUUUUGCAAUCUUGUUGCAAGAUAUUAGGUUGCUGCUGUUUUGAUUCAUAGUGGUAGCAGCAUCUUGGUAUUUUGGUUAGGUCAUAGUUGUGAGAGGCACGUUAUUUGAAAUGAUUGGCAGGUUAUCACAAUUUUAUGAAUUUGUUUGAAUUGAAAUGGAAGCCAGGAACUUCUUUGAGGAGUUGAUAGUUAUUUUUAUAAUAUUAUUGUUACAUUUUAUGAUCUA